CCUCCAUAUCGCACGCCACGCCUCGAUCGAAAAGGUCGCUGAAUGAUCUCAACAUGUUGAGCACGCUCUUUGUGCGCAAACUCCCUCCUUGACGACUUUCCUUUCAUGAACUUCCCCUAGAAACCAGCUCACCGCCCGGGUCCACAUUGCACUGGUGUUACAGAUUGCUAAGCCAGUAAUAUGGAAGCAGCCAUCAGAUGGUCACCUCAUGCGACCCAGCAUACUCCACGGUUCCUUGUCAUUGACGUCGCCGGGAAUCGCCUACGGCUUUGUCAGGUCGACAAGUUUGAGAAGAGCAAGGUGAAAUACAAGCAAAUAUGCCUCCGCGACAAGCUACCCAACUACACCGCCUUCGACUGGUCCAAACGGGACGAGACCAUAGUCGGCAUCGGCUCGGCUUCAGGAGAGGCCGUCAUUCUGCAAAUAGACCCGGACCGCCCCCAGCAAGAGUACAUGCAUGCCUUCCCUAUCCGACACCAGAGGAAAUGCAACUCCAUAGCUUUCAGCCUGAAGAAUUUUGUCGCUACGGGCUUAGAUCGUGUCCGGAACGACGUCUGUCUCAACAUCUAUGAUCUAAAUAAUCCUAAUCUUACUUCGAGCUCAGAACCAUACAAGAAGUUGGCGAGCUCAGAGGCUAUUUCCAGCAUCAAGUUCUUUUCCGGCCAGCCAGAUACCUUAGUUGCAGGCGUUUCAAGGCAGUGUAUUCGAAUUUACGAUUUGCGGGACUCUGCUACCUCGGGCGUUGCUCAAUACCCAACACGGCAAGUCCACAACAUUGCUAUAGACCCAUUGGACGAGAAUUAUUUCAUCUCAGCCGGCACCACUGGAGAUCCUACCGUCUCUGUUUGGGACCAACGGUUCGUAAAGCAGAGAAACACUGGAGAUUCUGCCACUAGCGGAUCUGUGCUAGAGUUCAGGCCGAUAGUGGACAACAGCCAUUCAGCAACUAUAUGGAGCUUGCGCUAUUGCGGGACCAAGAAAGGGACUUUCGGCGUUCUGGCGAACACGGGCGAAUUCAAGAUCAUUGAACUCGCUCAGCAUUCGCACAGGCUGGAGCCACACCAAAACUCAAAUAGCGGCCCGUAUGCUCAGUCAUGGGUGUCUCAACACUACACCAAAAUCUCCCACAAUUUACGAUAUCCAUGGUACGAUGAGAGGCAUCGUCAAGCAGAACAAACUCGUGUCGUGGCCUACGAUUUCAUGGCGGUCGGGAGCCCGUUCACGGGACCAUGCGCGGUCGGUCUGUAUCCGAACAGAGAUGUCGAGGUUUUCAAGUCUCCACCUCCGGCACCUCGUAUCAGCGUCACGGCACUAGAGGAGAUCUACAAAGACAGAACUAUCAUUGCUAGACCCAGCCAGCGCCAAGGCACUGUAGCAGAAGAUCUCAUCGAGCUGCAAAAUAAGGCGCUAAGUGAGCAGCUCAACAUCAAGCCCGAGCCAAGAGACAGUCUUAAUGGAAGGCUGGACAAGCUCAACAUUGACCACCCGCAUCAAAGUAUCCCCCCGCAAUCGGCUACCCAGUCAAGCCGCCAAGUGCACGAGGACGUCCUUACAUUGGCUUAUCCGGACGUGAAGAUACCGCUUCCGGAUUAUCUGAAGGUACUUCAAACACAGAAGCGACGAUGUCAGGAAGGCUACAACCUCGACUGUCGAAAAAAUAAGGCUAUCGUGGCCAAUGAUCCAUGGUUGGUCGAGGCAUGGAACCUAGUCGAACGAAUGGACGCACAUGCCUGGGGUGACGGCAUGGUAGGCGCUGGACUGGAUCUAAAAUACCUUGGCGUAGCUUCCAUCUGGGCGAACGAGCUCACUAUGUACGAUCAGCGUCUGAUCGAUCCAGACACGGAAACGUCGGAGGCCAUCAUGGUCGAAGCGGUGAAGGAUAUUUGCGAGCACAAGGAGUUUCCGCCCUUUUCCGGCAUCUCUACCCAAUUCCCGGACAACCGACAGCUCUGCCUCUCCCUCUGCGGUUGGAACCUCUCCAAAGUCGGCCUGCGCGAGCGCUGCUCAAUGCUCAUCGACGGAGGCCAAUACUAUAAAGCCAUCGGCCUCGCCGUCUUCCAGGGCUACAAAGAUGUCGCUCUCGACAUUCUCAAAGAAACUAUCAGACAAAAGCAACUCGAAAACAUUGGUCUCGGCGCUGUCAUAGCUUGCGACUCCGUGAACGAAGACCAGCGCCAUCUCUGCGCCUGGAUGGCCGACAUGACCGACGAACCCUAUCUCAAGGGCCUCCUCGCCUACUUCAUCAGCGGCGACUGGACCACCGUCGUCGAAAUGACACAGGUCUCCCUCACGGACCGCGUCGGCGUCGCCCUCAAAUAUCUUCCCGACGAAAAAUUAACGCACUUCCUCCGCCUCUGUACCCAAGAAACAAUCGCCUACGGCAAUAUCGAAGGCCUGCUGCUCACGGGCCUCACAAACCGUGCAAUGGACCUCCUCGAGCAUUACAUCGCCAAAUUCGGUGACCUACAAUCCUCCGUACUAAUUCUCUCGCGCGCCUGUCCGCUAUAUAUACAAGACCCCCGCUGGACGCUCUGGAAAGACAUGUACCUCAACCAAAUGCAGGUCUGGCGCACCUUCCUUGAGCGCACACACUACAUCAAAGAGCACAACCUGCGCUGCGUCUCCCGCGAAGGCCGCAGCAUAAACAAGCCCUCCUCCCCUUCUCUCGUGCUCCGCUGCUCGCGCUGCCAGCAGAACCUCGCUCUUCGCAAAGACCCCAAGUCCACACGCCAAUAUCUCGUCCCCGUCAGCGCUUCCGCUUCCAAACACCACACUGGCCCCCAGCCACGGCCCCACCCCCCUAAGGGUGCCACUUCGUCGCCCGCAUUGGCGUGCCCGAAUUGCAACAUGCAGAUGCCAAGGUGCGGAAUUUGCAUGAUGUGGCUGGGUAGUCCAGAUCCGGCGAAGGUGGGCGCGGCGCAGACACUCAAGGAGGAGGAUCUGGAGGCGAGGCUCAUGGUUUUUUGUAUGAGUUGUGCGCAUGGGUUUCAUGGCCAUCAUGCGAGAGAUUGGUUUGCGAGGCAUGCUAUGUGUCCGGUGCCGGAUUGCCAGUGUAUGUGUGGCUUGCUGAAGUAAAGAUGAAGGACACUUAUAGCUGUGCGAGCAAGAAGAGAGAGAGAGCGCGCGAUAUGAAAGGUUUUCGAUCAAGGGGGAGUUGAGCGGACAGGUGAUUAUCUCAAAGAUUCCAUGUUCACUUUGCUGAUCAUGGGGUUCGCACAGAGACGAAGUGACCGGUUAGACGGCUUCCUCUAGCUAGAUUCACGUAUUUUGUGGAUUUGCCCGCUGACGCUGGGCCCGCCGUAUACACAAUGC